AUGGAAGACCUUAGUUUUAUCCCGGAACUCCUAAGUGGGCCCCUGGACGUUUAUAGAAACACCGCCUCGUUCGACUGGAAACGCCUUAAACUGUCCAUUGAAGGAGAUAUUGAGCUAUUGAAACUUAAGUACAAGAUAUGGCGCACACUUGAGAGGGACCCCUUGUUUGCACACAAUCAAGUCACACCUUCGGUGGAGGAACAGAAACGUCUCACCCAGUUGCAACUGAAAAAGAUCAAUGAAUACAAAUUUGUAACCAAAGAAAUUUUCAAGUCGAGCUACAGUAAAAGAACUCGUGCCAUUAUGACCAUCAAUGAGGCGGUGCAAUCACUGAACCCCAGUGUGUCGGUCAAAAUGGCGAUCGGUAUAUAUCUGUUCUCCAAUGCCCUGCUCUCCCUCGGCACCGAGCGUCACCAUAAGUUCUACGAAGCAACCAUUGUGAAUAGAGAGAUACUGGCCAGUUUCGCACUGACUGAGAUCGCACACGGUUCCGAUGCCCGCUUGAUGCGCACCACCGCGACCUAUGACCCGAAGCGUUUUGAGUUUGUCGUGCACACGCCAGACUUCGAGGCCGCUAAAUGCUGGGUUGGUAAUCUAGGCAGAACGUGCACGCACACGCUGCUAUUCGCGCAGCUCAUCACGCCGGACGGCACGAACCAUGGUCUACACGGCUUCGUCGUUCCCAUCCGCGACCCCGACACUCUCGAGACCUACCCUGGCCUGGUGGUUGGUGAUAUGGGCGAGAAGAUCGGCGUCAACGGGAUCGAUAAUGGUUUCAUAAUGUUCAACCAUUACCGGAUACCUCGUGAGAAUCUGCUCAACAGAACAGCUGAUGUCACUGAGGAUGGACAAUACGUGAGCUCGUUCUCGGAGCCUUCCAGGAUUUUGGGGGCUGCAUUGGAAAAUUUGUCAGCUGGCCGCAUCGGUAUAAUGCAGGAGAGCUGCCACUCGAUUGCCAGCGCGGUGAGCAUCGCGGUGCGGUACGCGGCCACACGUACUCAGUUUGGUGAACGCGACAACGAGAUACCGCUGCUAGAGUAUGACCUUCACCAAUGGCGCUUGUUCGGAUAUGUUGCGGCUGCGGUUGUGUUCCGAAUUUAUAUUGAGAACUUCGCAAAUGUGUACCUGAAUAUUGUAGAGAAAUCGAAUAUGGGUCUUAAAGUGGAUAAUUUGAGCGAAGCGGUGUCGGAGAUCCACGCGAUGGUGUCGUGCAGCAAGCCGCUGCUCACGUGGACGGUGCUGCAGGCCGCGCAGCAGUGCCGCGAGGCGUGCGGCGGACACGGCUUCCUCAAGUGCGCAAACCUAGGCGACAUCCGCAACAAUCACGAGCCGACUGUCACGUACGAGGGCGACAACAACGUGCUAUCGCAACAGGCCGGCAAUUGGCUUCUGAGACAGUAUGAAGCGGCGCUCUCGGGAAAUAACGUGGACUCUCCCCUCCUCACCGUCACUUUCCUCAAAGAACACAAAUCCAUUGCCAAACUCACAUUCCAGUGUAAGAACACGACACAGUUGAAGACCACACAAUUUAUCUUAUCAACUUAUAAAUGGCUCUUAUGCUGGCUUCUGAAACAGACGUAUGAGAAAUACGAGUCAUACCUCGCCAAAGGACUAACUAAGUUCCAAGCAAAGGCCAAAUCACAAGUGUACCGAUGGAAGAAUUUAACUAAAGCAUAUGCUGAAUAUCUAGCUAUUAUUUUUAGUCUAGAAUCCAUAGAGAAGAAAGAGAAGGAGUUACAGCCAGUGCUGUUUAAACUCUUCACGCUGUAUAGUCUUUGGUCGUUAGAUAGACAUUUAGUGGAGUUAUACCAAGGAGGGUAUUGUUCAGGAGAUGAUCCAGCGAGGUUAUUGAGAGAGGCUAUUAUGGAGUUAUGUGGAGAGUUGAAGAGUGAGGUUGUCAGUGUAGUCGAUGCGCUUGCACCAACAGACUUUGUCCUUAAUUCUGUUUUGGGGAAGAGCGAUGGAAGAUUAUACCAAAAUCUUCAAAAGGCUCUCGUGAGCCAUCCUGGGACAUUUGAGCGGGCGACUUGGUGGCGAGAAGUUGUGCCUUCAGCUAAGCUAUAA